GGCAGGGGUGAGGCAGUACUGUGCUCCAGUUACGUGGAAACGCACGUACAUAGCUUCAACUAGUGGGAAAUCUACUACAAUGCAACUCUUAUUCCAACUUUUUGCUCAUACAAUGUGAGGAAGAUGGCCGAGACAAGCUGUGACUGGGUGGAGAUCUUGGAGCCACGCUCGCAGGAGCGCAUGUACGUGAACCUGGCCUCAGGGGAGUGUGGUUGGGAGCCCCCCCCAGGCGCCGCCGUGCGCCAGUCCGACGGCAGCCAGUGGUGGGAGCUGUUUGACAGCCACAACAAACGCUUCUACUACUACAACAGUGCCAGUCAGCAGACGGUGUGGCACCGGCCCCAGGCCUGCGACAUCGUGCCCCUGGCCCAGCUACAGGCCAUGAAGAGGAGCUCUGAGACGGGUCUGAGGGGCCCCAUCAAGCCCCAGAGAGGGGGAGGAGGAGGGGAGAGCCGCCGCGCAGCCCUACCUAACCAGGCCUACCCUAUGCCCCCCGCCCAGGACCCUGACAGCAGCGGGAGGUCCACCCCCUCUAAGGGGUUCUGUGACAGCCUGGAGAACAGUAACGACACCCCCAGGGACCCAGGUCAAAGAUGGCAGCCAGCUCCGGGAUCGAAGGCAGCCAUGUUGGUGAAGGUGAACAGCAUUGGCAGGAACCAGUCCGUGGUGCCCACUAGCACCCAGCACCUCAACACUCUCAGCCCUGGGAGCCCUGCUGUGUACCAGGUCCACUCAGACAGACCCAGUCCCAGACCCAUAUCCAGCCCUGCAGGCAAGAUGGCUGCCCCUGUGGACCACAAGCAAGCCUUCCACCUGAAGAAGGGAGACAACGGUAACUUCGGCCUGGUGAUGCCCUCCACUGGCAGCCAGGUCUACCAGACUCCACAGAGGUGUCAGGCUGGCACCCCCCAGCCCUCCUCCCCCCAUUACGGUGCCACUCCGCCCAUCUAUGAUGAACCACCCAUGGAAACACCUAUCUAUGAUGAGCCCCCGAUGGAGGUGGAGGGGGCCGCCCUCCUGAAUAGGUCCUCCACCCCAACCACCAGCCUGCAGAGGAUCCGCCAACCCCAGACCCAGACCCACCACCAGACCCAGCAGCAACCCAAGCUGCUUCAAUACCCAGCCUCUCACCCGACCUCCAAACACAAGAGGAAUCCCUCCGCCACAGAGUACAGCCCCGCUGGACGGGAGUGCAUCAAACACAUGGUCAACGUGGACCCUGCCACCUGCAAGCAGAGCCCCUUAUCCCAUCCUAUCCAGACAGAGCAGGCCCCUGCUCUAGACCCUGAGCUGCCCCCCUCUCCAUCCCCAUGCCCAGUCGUGACCCAGCCCAGGCCCAAGGAGGUGAGCCUGGAGAAGAAGCAGUCGUGGCGUCUCCUGGAGACCAGCGUGAGGAAGAACAUGGACGCGCGGCACAGCCGGCAGAACAGUGUGGCGUCCCAGGAGUACCCAGCGCCGGCCGCCGUCACCCACCAGGACUCCGGCUACUCCACCGGGCCCUCGCCCAGCUUGAGGAGGAAGAACCGCCGGAGAGCCCUGGGAGGUGGGGCUGGGGGAACAGGGCAGGGCCGGCCAGGCUCAGUGGGCAGCAGUGGGGAGCUCAGUGCCCUGAAUGAGAAGCUGAUGGCAGAGAUGCGGGUGGUGGUGAGUCGAUCUAACACCCUGCGUGGCAGCAAGGCCAGCCUGGACACUGAGAUGUCUGACAGCUCUGUACCUCGGACCCGUUCCCCCCUGGACUCCCCGAAGAAGUACAGGGGCCGCAGCGCCUCCCGAGAGGACAUCAGCGCCAGUAACCACUCUCUGUACCGGACCGGGAGCGGGAGUACCCAUGGCGACGUGCCCCUCUCGCCCCUGGCGUCGGAGGGCAUGGUGCGGCAGAAACGGACCUAUGAGAAGGUGGACACUCUGGAGAAGAGCAUCAUCAGCCAGAACAGCCUGUCCUCCUCGGAGCCCCACAUGUCCCUCUCACAGGCAGGAACACUGGACUCCAAGGCCCAGUCGGAGAUCUCGUCACAAGGCGGAGGUAAUGGACACAGGGGCACCCCUCAUGUAGUCAAAGUGACUGGAGACAGGAGGGGAGGUGGGGGAGGAGGAGGCGGCAGUGUGGGAUACCAGUACCCUUACACCACCCUCUGUAAACCUCCUCCAGACACCAACAUGGUGGACUGGGCCAGUAAGAACCUGAAUCUGCACACGCAGGGCCUGUUCCGCCGUCGCGUCUCCAUCGCCAACAUGCUCUCCUGGAACAGAGGCUCCAUCAAAAAGCCCAUGCUAAUCACCAGCGACCGCACCGUCAAGAAGGAGGCCUGUGAGAUGUUCAAGCUGAUUCAGGGCUACAUGGGGGACCGUCCGGCCCGGCUGGAGCGCCGUCACACCGCGCUGCUGGUGGUCACUAAGUGCUGGGGAAUGCAGGCCCUGAGGGAUGAGCUGUACGUCCAGCUGGUCAGACAGACCACUGACAACCUGAGCCUGAGGAGCCUGGAGGCCGGCUGGGAAUUCAUGGCCAUCAGCCUGUCCUUCUUCUCCCCCUCGCCCAAGUUCAGAAGCUACCUUGAGGGGUACAUCCAGACACACCUGGAGCCCUCCAAUGACAAGAAGAUCAUGCAGCACAUUAUGGAACAACAGGACAUGAAGACCAAGAAGAAUUCAAAGUCCCGGAAGAAGAGGAAGCAGAACAACGAGGAAGAAGAAGAGGGCCUGCCAAUCAGCACUUAUGCCAAGUACUGCUACCGCAAGCUGCAGAAGGUCGCCGUCACUGGGGGCAAAAAGGGUCUGAGGAAGCCCACCCUGGAGGAGUUAGACCAGGGGAGGAAUGCCAUCGUGACCCCUUCCUUGUUCGGCAGUGCCCUGGAGGAGAUCAUGGAGCGCCAGAGCGAGCUGUUCCCGGAGCGCAGGCUCCCCUGGGUGCAGGUGCAGCUUUCUCAGUGCGUGCUAGCCCUGGGAGGGGCCCAGACAGAGGGAAUCUUCAGGGUGCCUGGAGAUAUUGACGAGGUGAAUGCGCUGAAGCUGCAGGUGGAUCAGUGGAAUAUUCCAGAAAACCUUGGGGACCCCAACGUCCCGGCGUCUCUGCUGAAGCUGUGGUACAGGGAGCUGGAGGAGCCAGUCAUCCCUCAGAGCUUCUAUCAGCAGUGCAUCAGUAACUAUGAGGAUCCUGAAGCAGCUAUCAGAGUGGUACAGUCUCUGCCUGAACUCAGCAGACUGGUGCUCUGUUACUUUAUACACUUCUUACAGGUGUUUGCCCAGCCAGUCAAUGUGAGUAAGACCAAGAUGGACGUGAAUAACCUGGCCAUGGUAAUGGCUCCCAACUGUCUCCGCUGCCAGUCAGAUGACCCACGUGUAAUCUUUGAGAACACAAGGAAGGAGAUGUCCUUCUUACGCAUGCUCAUUGUUCACCUGGACACCAGCUUCAUCAAGGGCAUCCUCUGAGGGAGCCAACUCUAUCCCUCUUCAUCAAGGGCCUCCUCUGAGGGAGCCAACUCUAUCCCUCAAGGGCCUCCUCUGAGGGAGCCAACUCUAUCCCUCUUCAUCAAGGGCCGCCUCUGAGGGAGCCAACUCUAUCCCUCUUCAUCAAGGGCCUCCUCUGAGGGAGCCAACUCUAUCCCUCAAGGGCCUCCUCUGAGGGAGCCAACUCUCUCUCUCUUUAUCAAGGGCCUCCUCUGAGGGAGCCAACUCUAUCCCUCUUCAUCAAGGGCCUCCUCUGAGGGAGCCAACUCUAUCCCUCUUCAUCAAGGGCCUCCUCUGAGGGAGCCAACUCUAUCCCUCAAGGGCCUCCUCUGAGGGGGGUCAUCUCUUUAUCUGUCACCAUGCCCUGGAGAGCUGCACUUGUUCAUCAGUCCUCAACUAUAGCUGCUCUGUCUUUCUAUCAUACAACUCUACAACUGUCUACCACCUUAUUCACAACAAGCCCUCUGUUCCUUCACACUUCUCAUCAACCAUAUCACAUCUCAACACUAGAUUCCCUCUGGUUCACGAACACCACAGCUGGAGGAACACAGACAGUGGACUACACAGACAGUGGACUGCACAGACAGUGGACUGCACAGACAGUGGACUGCACAGACAGUGGACAACACAGACAGUGGACUACACAGACAGUGGACUACACAGACAGUGGACUACACAGACAGUGGACUGCACGGACAGUGGACUGCACAGACAGUGGACUGCACAGACAGUGGACUGCACAGACAGUGGACUACACAGACAGUGGACUGCACAGACAGUGGACUGCACAGACAGUGGACUACACAGACAAUGGACUACACAGACAGUGGACUACACAGACAGUGGACUGCACAGACAGUGGACUACACAGACAGUGGACUACACAGACAGUGGACUACACAGACAGUGGACUGCACAGACAGUGGACUGCACAGACAGUGGACUGCACAGACAGUGGACUGCACAGACAGUGGACUGCACAGACAGUGGACUACACAGACAGUGGACUACACAGACAGUGGACUACACAGACAGUGACCGGGUAUCUAGAUGGUUUUUUGUGCUCCGAAUCAUCUUCCCUUAUUGUUUGAGACUUUGGGACAAGCUCACAUGUGAUGGUAGUGGGAGACUGUUUAUCCGUUGGAAAGCAGGACAUACAGUACACUUUGUUCUUGGGCUCGUGUUAAUGACCGGAGCAGAAUCAGUGGAAUGGUAUCAAACACACGGUUUCCAUGGUUUCCAGGUCUUUCAUGCCGUUCCAUUUGCUCCGUUCCAGCCAUUUAUUAUGAGCCGUCCUCCCCUCAACAGCCUCCUGUGCUACUGUUUCUGCUCCAAACACUGGACCGUGCUGGCGUGAGAUUCAGCAUGUGAAGAAGAGCGAUCGCAAUACGAGACUAUUAUGCACAAGAAGCAUGUGUGCAGGGAAAAGUCCAGAGACAAAUGUGUAAAUAUGAGGUUGUUUUUAUUGUGGGGGGAAUUAGUUCCUGCUUUGAGAGACAUAUGUAUCUGACUGCCAUGGUAGUGAAUGAUGAUGAUGUCUCAUCACGUUUAGACAUGACGAAUUGAGGGGGAACCCACUACAGACAGAAUCUGUAUUAUACUGUUCUCUUUUCCUUUAUUAUGUAACAGUGUGUCUGCAAGCAACGAUUUCCUUCGCAUUUCAUUUGGAACGCUUUUUUGACUAAUUUGAAUAUGAAUUCUGUCUGUGUUGUCAGAGCUGCAGGAUGAGUUAUAGUAUAGUAAGGUUUAGACUUCUAGUAAGGUUUAGACUUCUCCACUGGCCGCAGAGACAGAUUCCCCCUCUGGGCAACAAAAAAUAUAUAUAUUUAUUUCUAAACAGUUUCUCUUAAAAUAAAAAUGAAAACCCAUCAGUUAGGCAGAGAUGUGUGUACAUAUGUGAGAGACAGCGUUUCGGAUUAAAAUGAGGAAAACACAUUUCUAUUCUCCUCAGCGGUGGAGUUGGGGGGGCUAGGGAAAAUUUGUGGAGCACUUUCUGCUGUUUUACUUCAGACAAUUACAUUUGGCUUAUUUUUGGAGAGGGCCAAACAUUAUUUUUAUCCUCCCUUCAGUGGAACACAAUUAUACCUUUGAUGGAGCUUGCAAAAAUGCUAAUUUUAGCUAUUAGCAGGUCAGGGGAAAAGGAUGCAGGAGAAAAUGAGAGCGCUGCAGCUGCCUGGACCGAAAGCCUUAGCCACGCAGACAGUGGUGGAUUUACAGGCCAAAGGGAGAGGCAAUCUGGCGGUGGUUUUAGGGUCUGGGGGUACAUUAGUUUAGUACCAUAUACUGGGAGGACAAAAAACAAGUCGAUUUAGUAUUUUUAGACAAUAUUGCCUAACAAGGACUUUCCUAUUCCUCAAAAUCGUAUGCCACAUAAAGGAGAGGAGGGUUUAAAAUCCACCUUUCAGCUGUCUUAAGGGCCAUGCGGUCUCUGUUAUAUUUAGCAGUGUGGUCAGGGUUUAGGUUUUAAUGCCCCACAUGUUUUCUCUGUGUCUACCUCAUCUUAGUGAUGGGGUCUGUGCUGCGAGGCUUGUGUGUAUGUAUACGCGCGUGUACGUAAGUACUUGCACAUCAGUGUGUGUGUGUGUGUGUUUGCCGACUAUGCGUGUGUGUUAACUGUAAAUGUGUGUGUUUGUGUGGUAGGAGUCUGUUCAUAUAGCAUAUACUCCAUAGUUACUGGAAGCUGGAGCCCCUAAAUUAGAGGGUGUGUUUAGCCAGAAAAUUGCAUCUAGAGGUUAUAUGGUUGUUAACCCCUUUUCUGCACAGCAUUUACAGCGGCCGCUCCUUCGUUUCCUGCAUUAAUGCUUUACUGUUCGUCUUCACGAAAACCCAAGCCACCAGAGUUGGGUACUCCAUAGCCACAUCAGAGGACACUAGCUUUCUCCUCACCUCUAGCCAGCAGGGGCAGCUCUGAGGUGGGGUGGAGGAUGGCUAUGCAGUGCCAGUAGUUCUGGGAGUGCAUGAGAGAUAUAUAUACUGAGCCUGCAGAACGAGGAGGGAGAAUUCAGGGGCCAGCAGUCACUGGUCUAUUGCUAAAGUUCUUGUAUCACAAUAUGAUAGUGUUCUUCUAGAAUCUAUACACAGACCUCUAAUAAAACAGCUGUGGACCUGUAACUCUUAAGACACUGAACUCCUGAAGCUCUGGUUUAACUCUUCUCCAUCCUGUGUUCUUCAGUGGCUGAUGAUUCAUAUAUAUAUAUAUAUAUAUGAAUAGUAGCAUGGUCUUUGGUCACUGAAUGUUCAAAACAAUGACGGUUAUAAUAACAUGAUUCCACAAUAUUGUGAAAAACAGUUCCAUUCUUCAGUAAUGUCAUUAUUCUCUUAGUUUGACAUCAAUGCUUACGGUGCGAGUCAGCGGUGUAAUUUCUUGAUUUGAUAAAUAAUUUUUGACUCUUAUUUUUUUCCUAACUGGAAUGAGUGUUGAUAAUGUUUGUUGAGAUGAUAAACUGAGGUGUGUCAUGUUUCGACUGUGUUUGAUGACAGUUACAACGUGUGUGCCCCCCGUCCAUUGUGCUUCCUCUUCCCUGGCCCUCACAUGAUGGGUGCUAUUGACUCGUUGUAAAUAUGCUUGCAGAUCUUUUGGGUAUGUUGGUGUGUGUGUGUGAGUGUUCGAAAACAAGAAAAACAGCAACGGUGAUUGUGUGGAUGGAUUUAUUUCAUAAAUAAUUGAAAAAAUAAAGUUUGUAAACAAAAUUUGUCAUCACUUGUUUUAUACUGAACAAAAAUAAACAUUACA